AAUUUAUUUCUAACACUUUAUGCCUCGAGCUUUUACUCAAAAUUUUUAUUAAAAAUUUGACAAGUUUUAUUAUUGAAAAGUGCUAAAUUUUUUCACGAAUUUUUAAUCAGUUUUAAUAGAUUAAAGACGCGAUAUGAUCAGAGAUAAAGAUCAAUUACAAACUGAUGAUAGCAUAAACAGAAAUCAAAAAAACAGUAGUAUGAUUGAUGAAUCUGAUGAAGAGAAUGAAACUAUUUUGGAGGCAUCAGAACCAAAGACAACGACGACGAUAGAUGAAGAGACGAAUUGUUUAAUCGAUGUGCUGCACUUGCAAAUGCUGCAACUGAUGGAGGAACACAUCGGACAGCAGCUGACUCUGGAAACGCACACAAGCAGAGCCCGCUUAAUCCUGGCCAGAAAUCGACUGCAGCAAGGAACCUCAAGGGCAGCAGUUGCCUCACAGUUGCCCGCUCACACGCCUUAUAGAGCUCUGUGUCGAGUAGUCAAAGAGGGCAUCGCUACAAGUCUCAAGCUGCUUCGCUUUGAUGUGGCAGCAGCCAAAGGAUUCGUGGAGCCAGUUACUCACAUCUUUGGCAGCCUGGUGCCCUACAGCUUGCGCCUGGCGAGUCGCAAAUGGGAGCGUUGUGUGGAACACAUUGUGGAGUGUGUGAAUGUGCAGCAGGAGUUGCAAUCGGUGAUCAGAUCGAUUGAACAAUUGAAGUGGGCACGACACAGAAGACGCAUUGCAUGAGGGGAACUGAGGGGGAUGAGGAGAUAGGUUCAAAGUUCAGAAAAUAAAAGACACUUGUUGCGAAUUUCAUUUAAUGCGUUUUA